AAUGCGACAGAAUUCUCCAUCCUAGGCUUGUCAGAAAUACCAGAACUUCAGUUACCAAUUUUUGUAACAGUUCUACUUCUCUAUAUUCUCAUUAUUUUGGGGAAUUUUGCAAUUAUUGUGGUCAUAUGGGGAAAUCCUCACUUACACCGUCCUAUGUAUAUUUUAUUGCUGAACCUUUCUCUCAUUGAUAUUGCUUACACAUCAAAUAUUCUGCCCAAAUUGUUGAAUAUAUUUCUCACUAAAAGAAAAAUGAUCUCAUUUGUUGCCUGUAUGGUUCAAUUAUACUUCUUCAUUGCCUUGGCUAGCAUCGAGGUCACUUUACUUGCAGCCAUGGCAUAUGACCGCUACAUUGCAAUCUGCCAACCGCUUCGUUAUACAUCUCUGAUGAGUCUGAAACAUUGCACAGGACUUGCAAUAUCUGCAUGGAUCAUUGGUCUAAUGGAUCCAACAGCACAUUUGUCCCUUGUAUCUAAGCUAUCAUUCUGUGCAUCUCAUCAUAUUGACCAUUUUUUCUGUGACCUCGCACCUCUUCUUAAGAUUUCUUGCAGUGACACAUCUAAAGUAGAGAUGAUGAAUUACAUUGUUGGUAGCCUUUUGACUCUUUCUACAUUCUUUCUCACAUUGAUCUCUUAUGUAUCAAUCAUUUUUACCAUACUGAAGAUCAAAUCUGCAGAAGGACGAUAUAAAGCAUUUUCUACCUGUUCUUCUCACCUCACAUGUAUAAGUAUUUUCUAUGGAACAAUUAUUUGUUUGUAUAUGAGGCCAGCAUCAAGUUAUUAUCCAGAACAAGAUAAGUUUUUUGCCCUUUUAUAUAUUGUUUUGGUACCUUUAUUGAAUCCUAUAAUUUACAGCUUGAAAAAUAAUGAUUUCAAAGAUGGGCUUCAGAAAAUUAGACACAAGUUGACCUUAUAA